CAUAUUAUCUCCAGCUAAGUUAUUUCGCACGAUCUGUCAAAGAGCGCAACGUUAUCUCGUGUGAUGUCAUUGUCGUGAACAAAGUAUAUACGGAAUAUCUGCAUCAUGGAAUGGUUAUUUGGCAAACGAAUCACUCCCGAAGAAAUGCUCAGAAAAAAUCAAAGAGCAUUAAACAAGGCAAUGCGAGAUUUAGACAGAGAAAGAGUAAGAAUGGAGCAACAAGAAAAAAAGAUUAUUGCUGACAUAAAAAAGCUUGCAAAAGAUGGUCAAAUGGAUGCAGUAAAAAUUAUGGCUAAAGAUUUAGUUAGGACAAGACGUUAUGUAAAGAAAUUUAUGCUGAUGAAAGCAAAUAUUCAAGCUGUGUCUCUAAAAAUACAAACUUUACGUUCUCAAAACACAAUGGCACAAGCUAUGAAAGGAGUGACAAAAGCAAUGCAAAACAUGAACAAGCAAUUAAAUUUACCACAGAUACAGAAAAUAUUACAAGAAUUUGAAAAACAAUCUGAAAUAAUGGAUAUGAAAGAAGAAAUUAUGAAUGAUGCGAUAGAUGAUGCUAUGGAAGAUGAAGGAGACGAAGAAGAAAGUGAUGCUGUAGUCACUCAAGUGUUAGAUGAGUUGGGUUUACAGUUGACAGAUCAACUAUCAGGACUGCCACAAGCAUCUGGAUCACUGAGUGUAACUGGUUCUAAGCAACCGGUUGCAACUGCAGCAGGUAAUGAAGAAGGAAGCAAUCUUGCGGAUGCUGAUGCAGACUUACAAGCGAGACUUGAGAAUUUGCGACGUGAAUAAGGAUUGAAGAUUGAUAAAGAUUUAAGAUAUUAGGAGCAAUGUAUAAAAAGUGUAUGUAAAAAGUAUCGGUUUUACAUAUUAAAAAAACGUAGCUUUAAGAGAGUUUUAUCGAGUGCUUAAAUAUACUUGAAUAUUUAAUGUACGUAAAUUCAAAAGAGUUGCCUACUGCAUACAGAUUUCUUGAAUGUUUAAUCUUUAUAUUUUAUAUGCACUUCUUGAAUUUUAUAAUGCUUUCGUAAGAAAACUGUACACUCUGUAAAUGCCUAAGUUGUUAAUGCAAACUUUACCAAAUUGUUACAUAAUAAAAUGUGUAACAACAGUUUUUUCUUUAA